GAUGAAGUUAUAACUUAACUCGCUCAUAAUUGUGGUCGUGGUGAUUACACUACAAACACACCGAGACACGAAAGGGAAUAAAAACAAAAAAUGUAAUAGAAGAUUAGAAGCUCAAGAUAUUUAUUGCUUUUAUUUUUUUGACGACUUGUUCACAAUAGUUUGGGGGAUAAUUAUUUCAGCAUCUCCGAAGGGGACAAAAUAAAGGACAAUGCUUAGUGUGUGAAAGAAAGAAAAAAAAAAAAAAGAAAUUAUGUUUAUUAUUCUCACUCUCUCAGUUCUAGUUCCAGUGUUAUUAGUUCUUGAAAAACUGAAACCGUACGGAUAAUCUUGCAGAUCCAAAGCAGAUCCUUUCUUCGUAAGGAAACCAGAUGUCCAUCCAUUAGAAAGUACAAAAUCAGUGAACAAGAUAAGAAGUAAUGGCAUCUGCAGAAGCUCGGGCUGCUUUUUCAGUUAAGCGUCAGUUUACUACCCAGGAUUUUAGAAUGCCUCCUGUUUCCGCUGACCAUCAUCCAUCUUCAAUUUCAAAAGGUUUGGAAUCUGAUUGGUCUCCGAGUGAGUCCAAUUCAAGUCAAGUGCUCCAUGAUCGAAACUCUGAUAAGUUGCCGGAUAUGAAAUGGUGGCUGCAUGUGAAAACCAAUGUGGGGGGAGAAGCGAAUUAUAGGUGCCAACAUCAGAAUUCUUGGGAAUCUGAGGUUGAUGCUUUGUGCUCACGGUUUGUUGAUGCUGAUGUCAAAAGUGGGGGAGAUCAAUCUGUCAAAAGCUUUGAUGCUCUUUCAUGUGUUGAAAGUGCUAAUUCAAGUUCAGAGCAGCCUUGGAAUGUCUCUCAUAAAUGCAUGACAAAAAGCAAUGAUACGAAACUCCCAAAAAUUGAGGCUGCUCGGAAGAAUGACUUACAUUUAACACCUAAAAUGAUGGGUCAGGAGGACUUCUGGAUUUUCGAUGAUCAUUUUGUGGACUGCAGUGCUGAUUCCUUUGUCAUUGAACAAUGUAAAAGGACAUCGUCUGAUCUGGAAUCGCAAUGGAUGGGAGCCGAGAAAACUAGGCCUUGGUGGUGUAAUGCUGGAAAAGAUGAGUUGGGUUCAUUGAUUUCUCAGAAGUCACUAGAGGAAACUGAGAACUGUGAUCUCCCUCAGCCGCAGAUUAAGCAUUUAAGUGAUAGACCAUCCCCUAAAAGCAACCGUGUUGAUUUUCAUAAGAGUCUUCCAUCAUCCUUAGAUCAGAAAGCCAUGAUAGAUUCUUCUAUUGCAAAUGAUUAUACAUCUGGAAUGCUGAAUUCUGGCUGUUCAUUUCAGGAUUCAGAAAGAGCUCUCAGUUUGCAUAUCUCCAGUUCCAGCCAGGGCAAAGAUUCUGAUUCAUGUGACAAUGAUGACCGAACAAUUUCCAAGGACAAUCACAAGGCGGAGCUAUUAAAAGCAUUGUGUCAUUCUCAAACGCGCGCAAGAGAGGCCGAAAUGGCAGCACAACAAGCCUACAUCGAGAAGGAGCACAUCGUGAGCCUCUUUUUCAGACAGGCUUCGCAGCUCUUUGCUUACAAGCAAUGGCUCCACAUGCUUCAGCUCGAGAAUCUCUGCCUUCAACUCAGGAACAAGAACCAACCAUUGUUGAAUCUCCUCCCAGAUGUUAAGAAGAGUUAUCGCAGAGGUGCAAAGAGGAAAAUCAGAAGAUGUGGGGUUAGAAAUUGUGCAUUUGCUUUUGCUUUGGGAUUAAGUCUUGUUGGUGCUGGUUUUUUUCUUGGUUGGACCUUAGGGUGGAUGUUCCCACUAAUAUGAAUUGCAUUCUCCUGUGCUUCAUAGUUCAUACUAAUACUAGAUAGGUUCUUUUGUGCUUAUAAAGAUCCAAAGAAAUGUAUUUAUGUGUGUGUGUGUGUGUAUAUGGUGGUGCUGUCUGUGAUUUCCAUUAUAUGUAAAAUAUUCUUUAUCAAUGCAGACUUAAUAGUUGUAUACAAUACAGAGGAUAGUGUACCAAAAUUCGAUUAGAAAUUUAUAUUAUGUGGCUUCAGACUUUAAUUGGA